CAGCUGAGACGCCAUGGUGGCCGUCAGCAGUCCGCGGUCCGCGGGCCGGGCCCUCAGCCUGCCGCAGGUGGUGACAGCGAUGGAGGAGCUGCGCUACGCCGUGCUGGCUGAGCAGACUGAGCUGGUGCAGCAGCUGCUGAGCGCAGUGUCCGAGCGCGACCUGCACGAGUACUCAGAGGUGGCGAACAGCUUCCCCGCCCGACGGCCGCUGCUGCACCUGGCCGUGCUGAAGGACAACCCCCGGCUGCUCGAGCUGCUGCUGAACAAGAGGGUGUUCCAGAUCCUCAUCAACGAGCGCGACGCCGAGUUCCACACGCCGCUGAUGCGCGCCGCCGACGUGGGCAGCGCCGCCUGCGUGCGGCUACUGCUGGCGGCCGGCGCCAACCCCCUGCUCUCGGUGGUGAAGGACGGCGCGCGCCGGGACGACCCCGGGACGCGACGGGCGCGCAGGAAGCGACACACCACGGUGGGGCUGGAGCGCGGCUCCACGGCGACCCACAUCGCCGCCGAGCGCGGCCACGCCGAGGUGCUGGUGCUGCUGCUGCAGCGGCCCGAGGUGCUGCAGGCCCUCGAGCUGCCCGACGGCGAGGGCCGCACGCCGCUCGCGGUGGCCGCCGCCGCCGGGCGCCCGCGCUGCCUCCGCCUGCUGCUGGCCGCCGCCCCCGGGGCCGCCGCCGCGGCCGACGACCGCCGCCGCACCGUGCUGCACGCUGCAGCCCACGCCGGCCAGGAGGCGGCCCUCAGGGAGCUGCUGCGCCGGCCGGAGCUGCGGCGCGCCGUCAGCCGCCGCGACGAGGCGGGCCUGACGCCGCUGGCCAGCGCCGUGCUGGCGGGCAGCCCCGGCUGCAUGUCGGCGCUGCUGGACCUCGGCGCCGACCAGCGCGUGGAGGACCUGCAGGGCAACACGCUGCUGCACCUGGCUAGCCGCGAGGGCCACGCCCGCGUGCUGCGGGAGCUGCUGCCCUUCAGCCUGCGGCCCGCGCCGACCCCCGGGUCCCGGCCGGAGGAGCAGCACGCCGCGGGGCGCUCGGGCCGGACGGCCUACUGGUGGUACAUGAAGGACAUCAGGAGGAAGAACAACCAGGGCCGGAACUGCCUGCACCUCGCCGCGGCGAGCGGGAGCCAGGAGUGUCUGGAGCUCUUGUUCCUGUGCUACGCGAGCCCCGGCUGCACGGACGUGGACUCCAUCGAGUGUCCGGACCUGGAGGAGGCGGACGUUAACGGGCUGACGGCCCUGUACAUCGCCGCGCGCUCCGGGUCGGCGCCCUGCGUGAGGUUCCUGCUGGAGCACGGCGCGAGCCUCGCGUUCACGCGCCCCGCCGGGUCCCGCGCGCCCCUCGGCUGCGCGCGGGAGAGGGUCGUCGACGUCGUCGUGGAGAACAUCCCAGCGGGAGCGCAGAUAGUCGCCGAUGUCCUGGACGAGUGCGUGACUUUGGAGCAGGACAGCGUCACGGCAGAGGAGAUGUUUGCCCUCGACGUGGACCUGUUGUGCCCCGAAGGAGAGAACAAGAUGACGGUCGCGAAGUUCCUGAUGGAGAGGUCGGACGAAACCGUCGUCUGCGAGCACCCGCUCCUGGCCGCCUUCGUGCACCUGGAGUGGCAGAACCGGCGGGUGGGCAUGUGGUACCGCCUCGUCAGCUACCUCGUGUUCCUGGGGUGCGUCACGUGGUACGUCAGCCACCCAGAGGAGCCCGAGCUCCGCUGGAUCCUGCUGCCGGUAUCCGUGCUGGUGGUGUUGUUCAGCCUGCCCUGCCUGCUGCCCGGGCAGGGUCACUGGGCGAGGCGGGUGGUGAACACGGCGGCGAUGUCACUGCCCGCGGGGUUCGCGCUCUUCACCAGCCUCGUCACCAGGGACGUGCACUGGCGCUCCGUCACUGUCCUGGUCGCGUGGCUGUCCGUGUCGCUGCACGCGGGCGUCGUGCCGGUGCUCGGUCGCCAGUGCGCGCUGCUGCAGCACGUGGUGCUGCACGUGUCCAAGCACCUCUUCGUCUUCCUGUACGUCAUGGUCGGCUUCUCGCUGGCCUUCCACGUGCUCUACGAGGAACAGGGGGACUUCUCCAGGGUGCUGCUGUUCACCAUGCUGGUGUCGACCCGCGGAGAGUCGUGCUCGCGGAACGCGUCUGCGGGUGACCUCACAGGAAACUACGUGUCCCGCGCCGUUCACGACGACCGACUGGCCAGCGCCGUCACGUCUCUCCUCUUCCUGCUGUUCGUCGUGUUCUCGCUCCUCGGAGUCGUCCUCCUGGUCGUCUUCAAGCACGGAGGCCAGUUCCUCCAGCGCUCAGACGCCUACUACAAGAGCAGCUACCGGGUGGGACUGAUGCACGAGAAGAUAGAGGUCGAUCGUUGGGUGGACUGGCUUCUGUGCUGGUCGUGCGAUGACAAGAAGUCGCCUUCGGGUGACCGGCUGUGCUACGUCAGAGCAGGAACUGUGCCCCCGGAUAUAGACGACAGGCUUUGGCGUAUCAUCACGAGGAGAAGAUGGAAGACUGCCGGUGUUUUGCCUGCCACUGACAGUCACAGUACCCCUGUGGAAAAUGACCGAUGCAAUGCAGUGCCCAGUCAAGCAAAUCCAUUAAGAACUUGACAGUGUCUUGGUUUGUGGAAACAGAAACUGAUAUUAAAAAUAUGAGUGUAGUAAUCUU